AUGACCAGUCCUAAAAGUCCUAACGAGAAGAGUGUCGGUGCUUAUCGAGUUGAUGAGUUAUCAUCAAGUUCUUUAAGUAUUGAAAAUGAAGACCUCGCUGUUGGGCAGGAUAAUAUAUUCAAAGACCCUGCUAUCUAUGAGCAUUACAAAAAGGUUUACGAAGAGGCCAAUUAUGAGUGCAGGCAUCUGCUUGACCCUGACUUCGAGUGGACACCACAAGAAGAAAGAAAGCUCGUAUGGAAGACAGAAUGGAGAUGUUGUUUUGUUGCAUUCUUGUUCUUCUUCAAUUUAGAUAUUGAUCGUGGAAAUAUCUCAUCAGCUCUUGGAGAUAAUAUGUUGACAGAUUUGAAGCUUACUACCAACGAUUAUAAUUUGGGAAGCACAAUUAAUCUUGUUUGUUUCUUGUCAUCUGAACUUCCUUCACAGCUUAUAUCCAAGAAAUUGGGUCCAGAUGUUUGGAUUCCUCUCCAAAUGGUUUUGUUUUCUGCUAUUGCUAUGUCUCAAAUGGCAAUUCAAAACCGUGCUGGUUUCUUUGCGACCAGAGCUUUAUUGGGAGCACUUCAAGGAGGCGUAAGUUAUUCAAGCAAGUCAUGCUUUCAGCACAAGUUAUCUAACCUAGUGACAGUUCAUACCUGA